AUGUGAUGCUGCUUAGUUGACUGUCAACAUGAAAGAUGGCGACGCAUCACAGGCAAAACGCUGCUGGUCGGAGGAAAGUCCAGGUUUCCUAUGUGAUAAGAGAUGAAGUAGAGAAGUACAACCGUAACGGGGUGAACGCCCUGCAGCUGGAUCCCGCUCUGAACCGCCUCUUCACCGCGGGCAGAGACUCCAUCAUCCGCAUAUGGAGCGUCAAUCAGCACAAACAGGAUCCGUAUAUAGCUUCGAUGGAGCACCACACUGACUGGGUGAACGAUAUCGUGCUCUGCUGUAAUGGAAAAACUCUGAUUUCAGCAUCAUCAGACACUACAGUUAAAGUGUGGAACGCACAUAAAGGCUUCUGCAUGUCCACAUUACGAACUCAUAAGGAUUAUGUCAAAGCACUGGCUUAUGCGAAAGACAAGGAGCUGGUGGCGUCCGCCGGGCUGGACCGACAGAUCUUUCUGUGGGACGUAAACACCCUCACGGCUCUGACCGCCUCCAAUAAUACGGUCACCACUUCCUCUCUGAGUGGGAACAAAGACUCGAUCUACAGCCUUGCUAUGAACCAGUUGGGCACCGUCAUCGUCUCGGGAUCAACCGAAAAGGUCCUGAGGGUCUGGGAUCCUCGGACGUGCGCUAAACUCAUGAAGCUGAAAGGACACACAGACAACGUGAAGUCGUUAUUAUUAAACAGAGAUGGUACUCAGUGUCUGUCCGGGAGCUCGGACGGCACGAUACGACUGUGGUCUCUUGGUCAGCAGCGCUGCAUUGCUACUUACCGCGUCCACGACGAGGGCGUGUGGGCGCUACAGGCCAACGAAGCCUUUACACACGUCUACUCUGGAGGUCGCGACCGCAAGGUCUACUGCACAGACCUGCGCAACCCAGACAUCCGCGUGCUCAUUUGUGAGGAGAAGGCUCCUGUUCUCAGAAUGGAGCUGGACCGGUCAGCAGACCCUCCUCCUGCCAUCUGGGUGUCUACAACCAAAUCCUGUGUGAACAAAUGGUCUCUGAAGGGAAUGCACAACUUCAGAGCAUCGGGAGACUACGACAACGACUGCAGCGCCCCGCUGACCCCACUGUGUACACAACCAGAGCAGGCCAUUAAAGGUGGUGCCAGCAUCAUUCAGUGUCACAUCCUGAACGACAAGAGACACAUCCUCACCAAAGACACCAACAACAACGUGGCAUUCUGGGACGUGCUCAAGGCGUGUAAAGGGGAGGAUCUCGGCAAAGUGGAGUUCGACGAGGAGAUCAAGAAGCGCUUCAAGAUGGUCUACGUGCCCAACUGGUUUUCCGUGGACCUUAAAACUGGGAUGCUGACCAUCACCUUGGACGAGAGCGACUGCUUUGCUGCCUGGGUGUCCGCCAAAGACGCCGGAUUCACAAGUCCGGAUGGAUCGGACCCGAAGCUGAAUCUUGGAGGACUGCUGCUCCAGGCUCUGCUGGAAUUCUGGCCUCGAACACACAUCAAUCCGAUGGAAGAGGAAGAAGGAGAAGUUAAUCACGUAAACGGCGAGCAGGAGAACCGGCUUCAGAAAGGCAACGGCUAUUUCCAGGUUCCUCCACACACUCCGGUGAUCUUCGGUGAGGCAGGCGGAAGGACGCUGUUUAGGUUGUUAUGUCGAGACUCGGGCGGAGAAACGGAGUCCAUGUUGCUGAAUGAAACCGUUCCUCAGUGGGUCAUUGACAUUACCGUAGAUAAAAACAUGCCCAAAUUCAACAAGAUCCCAUUCUACCUGCAGCCUCACUCGUCCUCCGGGGCAAAAACACUCAAGAAGGACCGUCUGUCGGCCAGCGACAUGCUGCAGGUGAGGAAGGUGAUGGAGCACGUCUACGAGAAGAUCAUCAACCUGGACACGGAGUCUCAGACCACGAGCUCGUCGGGAACGGAGAAGCCCGGAGAGCAGGAGAAGGAAGAAGACAUGGCCAUGCUCGCUGAGGAGAAAAUCGAGCUCAUGUGCCAGGAUCAGGUUCUGGAUCCAAACAUGGACUUGAGAACAGUGAAGUAUUUUAUCUGGAAGAGCGGCGGAGAUCUGACUCUUCACUACAGACAGAAGUCCACGUGAGAGUGAUGGCAUCACACGUUUUUUUUUUUUUUUUUUAACUCGCUUAUGAAGAACGUUCAGCGCCAUUCCUCUUCCCUCACCGCGAGACUGGAAAACUGACUUUGUACAGUAUACUAAUCCUAAUCCGGGACAUGGCUCAUUUUUUGUUUUAUUUUUGUUUCACUUUGUCUUUUUUUUUUUUCUCCAUUAAAGAUUUCCAGUUGCUUGAUUAUGCACAGGGAUGUACGUUCCUGAGACUUUAAGGCACUUAAAGAAUCUCCAAACCGCCCAAAAUUUCACGCCUGGGGGGAAAAAAAUAAAUAUUUUGAAACGUUAAUGCCACGUGGAAGUGCGUUUCCACCGAUCGUGUCCGAGAUUAGCGAUAGCGACAGUCUUCUAAUUAACUCUAACAUUCAUAACAGCUUUGACGUUAAAUACGGAAAUAAAUCAUCCAAGCCAUCCAUCCACAUCCUUCUUCUUCUUUAGCCGAAAUAAAUCUGGCAACCCUACCGAAAGAGACGGCUGACGCCCUUUUACGAAUCUCCGUCUGUUCGUUUUAAAACAUUUUCGUAAUUUCUUCCAUAAUUUCCGAACAGUGUUUUUGCAGAUGGACGAAAAAAAAAAGGUGGCCUAGCUGAUUAUCCGUCUUAAAAGCGAGUCAUCUUAAACAGGAAGUACAGUGAGGAUGCCUUCUUGGGAGGUUUAAAGGGUUCAAAUUUCACUUCCUGGUUUGGAUUUGAAAAAAACAACAGGUUAUCACGAAGCAUCUGUGUACACUUUUCCGGCCACAAGCUUCAGGAUCCUGCAGGUUUCUAUCCGUUUGUUUUCGUCCGUUCGUCUUCAUUUUUCGUUUCACUGUGUUAUUACCUGCUGAAGACUGGACGAUAUAUCAAACUCAUCUGCUUGAUUGGAAAAACCAAGGUAGAAAAUCACCCAAUGAGACUAAAUAUAAACGAUAUAAAUAUUGUAUAUUUUGUAUUAUAGCUAGAAAGAUGUUAUGUUAUAUGUAAUGUACGUGACCUAAAUACAGGAUCAUGAUACUGUG